AUGAAGAGGAAACAGAAGAGGUUUUUGCAAAUGACGCUGCUCUUCACCGCGGCUCUGAUUUUCCUGCCUGACAUCGGCCUUUGGUCUCUCUACAAGGAGAAACACCUGGUGAAGCCCGCUGAGCCCGUCGAGCCGCAGACGCUUCCUUUGGGGCUGGGAGACGGACAGCUUUUUACCUGGACUGAUGGCUUGAAAAGGAAAGACUGGCAUGAUUAUGAAAGCAUUCAGAAAGAUGCUAUGCGUUCAGGGAAAGGUGAACAUGGGAAGCCAUACCCCCUUACAGAGGAAGACCAUGAUGAUUCUGCUUAUAGGGAAAAUGGCUUCAACAUAUUUGUUAGCAACAAUAUAGCGCUGGAACGAUCCCUGCCAGACAUCCGACAUCCAAACUGUAAGCACAAGGUGUACUUGGAAAAACUACCGAAUACUAGCAUCAUUAUCCCUUUUCAUAAUGAAGGUUGGACUUCACUCUUGCGAACAAUACACAGCAUUAUCAACCGCACUCCAGCCAGCCUGAUAGCAGAAAUCAUUCUUGUGGAUGACUUCAGUGAUAGAGAGCAUUUAAAAGAGAAGCUGGAGGAAUACAUGGUCCGUUUUGCCAAAGUGAGGAUUGUACGUACCAAGAAACGAGAAGGGCUCAUUCGGACCAGACUCCUAGGAGCCUCGCUGGCUAGAGGAGAAGUCCUGACAUUUCUGGAUUCCCACUGCGAAGUCAACGUGAAUUGGCUGCCUCCCUUGCUUAACCAGAUUGCACUAAACCACAAAACCAUCGUGUGUCCUAUGAUCGAUGUCAUUGACCACAAUCACUUUGGCUACGAGGCACAGGCGGGGGAUGCCAUGCGAGGAGCUUUUGACUGGGAAAUGUACUACAAAAGAAUACCGAUUCCUCCAGAGCUCCAGAGAGCUGAUCCCAGCGACCCCUUUGAGUCUCCUGUAAUGGCUGGAGGUCUAUUUGCUGUUAACCGAAAAUGGUUUUGGGAGCUGGGAGGCUAUGAUCCAGGAUUAGAAAUAUGGGGAGGAGAGCAGUAUGAAAUCUCCUUUAAGGUGUGGAUGUGUGGAGGUGGCAUGUUUGAUGUUCCAUGCUCUCGAGUUGGGCAUAUCUACAGGAAGUACGUCCCGUAUAAAGUCCCUUCUGGAACCAGCCUAGCAAGGAACCUGAAGCGCGUGGCAGAGACGUGGAUGGAUGAGUUUGCAGAGUACAUUUACCAGCGACGGCCUGAGUACAGACACCUCUCGACUGGAGAUAUCUCUGCCCAGAAGGAACUUCGCAAGCACCUUAAAUGUAAAGAUUUCAAGUGGUUCAUGGCUGCAGUGGCUUGGGAUGUUCCCAAAUAUUAUCCUCCUGUGGAACCUCCACCUGCUGCCUGGGGGGAGAUUCGAAAUGUAGCAGCCAAUCUCUGUGUGGACAGUAAACAUGGAGCCACAGGGACUGAGCUGAGGCUAGACAUCUGUGUGAAGGAUGGCUCAGAAAGGACGUGGUCACAUGAACAGCUCUUCACCUUUGGUUGGAGAGAAGACAUCCGCCCCGGAGAGCCACUUCACACCAGGAAGUUCUGCUUUGACGCCGUUUCGCACAGCAGCCCUGUCACACUGUAUGACUGUCAUGGGAUGAAGGGAAACCAGCACUGGAGCUAUAGGAAGGACAAAACUUUGUUCCAUCCGGUAAGCAGCAGCUGCAUAGAUUGCAACCCAGCUGAGAAGAAGAUUUUCAUGAACAGAUGUGAUCCUUUAUCUGAAACUCAACAGUGGAUUUUUGAACAUACUAAUAUGACUGUUUUAGAAAAAUUUAACAGCAAGGCCAGUUCCUAG